AAAAAUACCACAGACAUGAUUAUAUAACUGGCGCUAGCGCUGAACAUGUACUACAGGUCACAAACGUUUUUAAUGUCAUUGUCCGUAGCGCUGAAUAAGUGCUAACGUUACAGACACUUACGUUACCGUUCCCGGUGCUGAAUUAGGUAGUGUCCCUGUCCCUGGUGCUGAAAAAGUGUUACAUACAGUAUCAUCCCUGUGCUGUAACUAAUACGGACAUUAUACCAUCCCAAUCCCUUGUGCUGAAUAAGUAGUACAGACACUGCACGCUGUCGUUGGCGCUGAGUGAGUAUGUCACAGACACCCCCUACCACAUGACACCACAGUCAUUUGUGUUUUUAUUCUUCUGGUGAUCAGCAACGUACCAGGUACUGUAACCAUGGCGAGUAAAUGCAAACGUCAGCACUAUUUUUAGAAAGGUUGUGUUAUCAUGUAACACAUCCUAUUUGUUACAACACUAACUGUUGUUACGUUUGAAAAAGUGUGGACGAUUAUGAUUUCGAAUGACCCCACGUAAGGUCACAGUCGAACAACUGGAAUUACGUGAUAUUCGAUAGUUGUGACAUUGCCACAUUCGAAUUCGAUCGUUCCAUUGGAACCUUGAUUAGAACAGAACAAUAAGUUCUUCGAACGCACGGAAAUGGAACACUCAUUUAAAUCGACAAUUAACGGUAAUUACAACAACAUUAUGGCAUAUUACUAGACUCUUGAUUGGGGCAAAGACAACAAACAACGUGUGCUGCAAGAAAGGUUUUCGUUUCAAACGUAAUUCGGUAGUGAGUUCUGGAAGCAGUUUUGGCGGGAAGGAAGGGAACACCUGAUGAAAUGGCGGAGGGGGACAAGGUGACCCGUUCCAGCGCCACAGAACUUGUCCAGAAUCUAGACAUCUCAUCUUUGGAUGGAGACACGGCGAAAGUACUUCUCAACAAGAUUCUCACAAGUCUUGAAGAUGUUGCCAAGAUGAAGUCGUCAACCACGACCGCUGAUGAACAAAAGCAUGUCUCUUCUCCUCCGGACGAAGUCAGACGAGCAUCUGAAAUAUUGUUGGGCAUGAAGGGCGUCGACCAAUCAAAUCCCGCCUUGUCUCAGGGCGCUGAAAAUCGAAAUCAGACCGGAGCAAACAAGGCCAAUGCACCUUCUUCUUCCGAUGACCUCGCUUCCCGCACCAAGAGCGCCAUCUCCACACUGGCAGAUCUGUGCACGGCGCUGAGAGAUGUUGAGCCGCAGGUUGUUAACGAAGUACUCCCUCAGCGUUACCAUCACUUGGUUCCUUCCACAUCGGCACCCGCUGUCAACGUUGUUCAAGAAGUGAGCUCGAGAAUUCCUGUUUCCAAAGUCAGUUCAGAACACACUGCUGGUACUGAAACUCCUGCACUUCCGUCCUCGGUCGCUGGUGCUCAAGUUCCAUCUCCAAAAAGGAUCUUCAUUCCCGGUAAGACUACGAUCCGCCCGAUGCCUGAUUACUGCCGAGUAAUCUUCCACCCAUCGAGUCCAGACAUGGACAACAGGAAACGUAGGGCCAGGACUGUCUUCUCAGCACAACAGUUGAAACGUUUGGAGGAAGAGUACAAGAAGUGCAGCUACCCUGACAAGGAACGUCGCCAAACCGUGGCGGAGGCUACAGGACUGACGGAGGGAUGCGUGCGGAUAUGGUACCAGAACAGACGAGCUAAGGACCACAGACUGAAAGAUUCAGAAAGGCAGCGUGAAGGCAUGUCAGUGUCGUCAACGUCACAGCCGGAAAUGUCAGGCAACCUUUCGUCACGUCCGGUAGAACCUGUCAGGUUGCCUCAAUCAGAGACGGCUCCACCAACAACACUCAAUCGGGCUGAGGAGGCUGCGAUGGAGGCGUUGGUUAACUUAUCCUCUACAACUUCUACAAGGACGACGGCUGCAAAUAACCCCCAGAAUAACCUCGAUUCUGCAGCACAGAGUGACGAAGCAUUGUCUGGAUUUGAUACGAAGCCUUCCGUGACCGAAGGCGCUUCACCAUGCAAAAACAAGAAUGCAGCUUCGACUUUAGAACACGCAAAGCAAAGCACCGUUGCUAAUCUUCAGCUAGCUCAGGGGAUCAAAGAACAGCCACAAAUAAGACAGACUAAGCAGGACAGUAAUAGCAAGUUGAUUCCAGCGGCGUAUACAUCGACCAUUGACAAACAGUCAGGCGAUCUGCGGUCAGCUCCGAGCGAACACGUGGAGAAGACGUCGCGUACGUCCAGCCAACCGUCGCAGAGAGCGAUGAUUGCCUCCCUUGUCGCACAAACGAUGAGACAUGCGGAAGGUCUGGACAGUAAGAGAUCAGCGGUACCUAUUGCGGUGGUCAACAUCCCCAUUGUUCGACUGGAAGGUAACGCAGACAAAUGUGCAGCUGGUUCAGCAAAGGGUUCUGAGAAAAUGAAGCAUGUGCCAUGUGUUGCCGUUACUGCAAGGGUUGGACCAGGAGGUUCCAAAAGAGGGGAUUCGCCACUACAGUCUGGAGAAGUCGUACACCGUGCUGCCUCCAUUGGAAUCCCCUUUCAUGCCCUUCAGUUUCAAAAUCAGUGGACAAAGAAAUCUCCAACCUUAAGUCAAAGGAAUGAUUCUUCAACCACCGUGACGUCAAAAAUACCGACGAAUGUUCAAAUCUCCACAGGAAAUUCGCCCUGUCCUGAAGCAACAAUCACUUGCACGUUGACAUCCUCCAGCGCGUCUAAGAUACCUCCUCUUCUUGGAUUUUUCAUCUCAGAUGCACAAGCAAAAGCGUCAGCCAGCUCAUCAAAUAAAAAAAUACAGGACGCGAAAACCUCAGCAGAGAGACAUGAAGCAAAAGCUAAGGUCUCUUCCUCUGAUAUUCCCUCGACAAUUGUGCUUCGCCUACAGCCUAGACCUACGACUGUGGUAGUAGAAAAGCCAUGCACUAACUCUGGGAAGCCUGCAAAAGACUCUGAGAAAGAAACGAACCGACCGACUUCCAGUACAGAUGACUGUAGUUCAUCAGCACCAGGCACGACGGAUCGAAAGAGAAAAGCAAGUGAAGAGGAAAGCGUUAACAAAGUCGUGCAGACUAAGAUGUGGAGGGAAUUGAAGGAAGAAAAAAGCGUGGCAAAGAGAACCAAAAACACAACCAAAGUGAGUAAGAAGCCCAGCCCAUCGCAAAUGAUACAACCUGAGAGAGAGGGUGACCUGUAUAGAUAUGAAACUCUGAAUAAAGAGCUCCCUAUAAAAGAAACUACGAAGGGUAGCUGUACACAAGUCCAAGGCACGCAAACAAAGCUGUCAACAACCGACACCAAGUGCCUUAAUAAAGCCAAUAGUAACGCCUGUACUGUGGUGUCUGAUGGCACUUCUCUGAACUCAAAGAACAGCCAUCCGACCACGCUGCACUACAAGAAGGGGCGAAUCUGCCAAUGUCAUCAGUUACAGGAUAUAAUCGACUACUGCGUCCGAAUGGAUCCCGAGACAGCAGCCAAAACUGACAAUUUCUGCUCAAAUACUAAAGAAGUUGGUUCUCUCCAAAAACCAAGAGAAGGGAAAGGGCAAACUGGCGAGCCAGUUCCCAGAUCUGUCGACUCUGUUCCUAAAACCUGGACGUCAGGAACCGUGCGACAUUUGAAGAUAACGACGCCAAUUUCAAUAGCGACGACUACCAGUAUUCAUUUGUCGAAUGCUCGCAGUUUCACAAGACCGGUCGGAGCUGUCCCAAUCGGAUCGGUCCGGGCACCAGGGAUCACCAACACCCAGCACGCCAGGGUGUUCCACCGACCAACGCCAGCUCAUUUUCGUCACAUCAACUUCGCGAAGAAACCCUGUCCCAUACCUGCUGUAGUGAUACCAAAGUCUGUACCAACCACUGGACAACUCUUCCUCAAAAAUGUUCAAAAGUCGGCCGUUGAAGUAAAACCAGCAAGAGGCGUUCGCGUCGUCGUCUGUCAUCCCUCCAACACUGUGAUCCUGCCAACAACUUACACAUCACCCUCCACAUUCACACGCCCAACAACCAAUGCUGUCGCUCAUCGUACAUGUGGAGCUGCAGCCAUGUUUCGGUUAGGGUCAGUUUUGAAGAGACCCAAUACUAGUACUUUCAGACUUCCACUGGUCAUGAAACCUGCAGAACGCGUGACUGCAGUAGCAACCACUGGAUACACAUCGAGCGGAAUCCGUCUUCAGCCUGUCCAGAACAGAGGACAACCGCCUCUGCCACAAGGGGACGGGGACGCUUUAAGAAGACUGCAGCGGUUCACCGAUGGGUUUAUGGAAAGGCACCGCUCAAGUGAGCCCUCUACUGAAUCGCGUAGAGAUGACAGACCACCGCCCCCUAAAGUUCGACGCACGGACAUGUGA